UGCAUUGAGCUGAUCUGAGCAUGUGCAUUGCGCAGUAGCCGACCACUGGCUCAAACAUAACUCCACCAUCAUCAGUCGUCCCGGGAACACACACCUGAAACAGCAUGACAUUCAACAGCCUGUGCCUUUUGACGUUAUUCCUCGGCGGCAGCCUGGCGUGUAAGAGCGACUCCAGUUGUACAGCCCUGAGUGUGGACGCCAACAGAGCCAAGACAGACAACGACCAGAAACUGUACUGUCAGUUCACCAGCAAAACGAUUGCCUGCUACUCCAGCGCCGAUGCCAGAUGCGACAACAGUACCGAGUUGUUGGACGCCAUGAAGAGAAAAUACUACAGCGAGUGUUCGGUGACGAAGGAGGAGGUUCGGUCUUGCAAUAACAAGAUUGUCAGCUGCUAUCCAUUGGUGACAGAAGCUUCAAAUCUACUCACGAAAAUGAAAAUGACUGGUUACUGCUCGUCCAUGGAAGCGUUCAUCCACUGUGUGGAGUUUAAAAUGAAGCCCUGCGCAAAAGGUGUGACCCUGUUCGAUGUGCUAGAAGGCCUGUAUACACCGUACGACCACUUUUGUAGCACAAUGAAUAGAAACGACAAGAAAGCAUUAUGUACAGGCAAGCUUCAUACGGCUGGAUGUGCAGACUCAAUGGAGGGAAUAUCUGAAGCUUUAGCAUCUUCUAACAUAAAUGAGUACUGCAGGCGAAUGGGAGAGUACAUGAGUUGUUUCGACACAACGUUUGCCAAAUGCGACCCGAGCCUGAAUCGCACCAGCUUCAUCUCUGGGUUGGAGGACCCCUACAGGAAACUGUGUAAAGGUAACCCAGUAGAAAUGUGCCAGACGAGGCUUCAGAGUUGCUUCCCACAACUGGUAGAUGCCCUCAACAAUACAGACAAGCCGCCUGUCUACUGCAGAGGCCUCAGCUCCUACAUGGUCUGUGUGGACGAGCUGCUGCCUAGCUGUGACCCUCCCGUCACGCGGUCUGAGGUCCUGGGAGAGCUGGAGGAGGGAUACACAAUGGCAUGCCAUAUGGUCGACUGUCCCUCUGUGUAUACAUGCACCAAGAACAUGUCCACCUCCGCCCAGGAAGCGCCGACUGUUCCAGACCUACUGAUGAGAUGUCAGGAGAUGACAGAAACAAUGGCUUGCAUGCACGCAGAGUUGGAGAAGUGUAACGUCUCCUCCCCCAGGGACUACAGCUUCGAAGAAGUCGGCGGCCUCUACAACGCCACCUGUCGAACCCUGACGGUCGACGUGGAGUUGGUCGGCUGUCCGGAAAUGACGUCAUGCAUGGAUACAAUGAUGGUCCCGACCGACCUCAACUCAGCCGUCCCCCUGUUCAUAGACCCGCGUUUCUGGUGCUCAAUGCUGAAGAGCACUGUAACGUGCGCUGACAGUGUGAAGCAUUGUACCCUUGCUAACCAGACAGACCAUGGGGUGUCACUCGCCACUAUCAACGAGCUGUGCCCGGAAGCUGACAUACGAGUGACGCCAAACAGAGGCAGCAUUUCAGGUGCAGGUCUGUUACCAGUGGUGAUGCUUGUGAUGUCGUUCCUGCUCUACAGACAGGCGUGAGGGACGUCCAUGACAACAGUCUCAAACACUUU